UCUCUAUCAAACACAAGAAUAAUAUAUUCAUAAUGGCCUAAAUUACAGAUCAAAUCUGAUUACAGAAAAGUUAAACAGUAUUCAAGGGAUCACAUGUAACGAGAUCGAAGGAGUAAUGUAUGCUUUUCCUCGAAUCAAGUUGCCUCAAUCUUACUGUGACAUAGAACAUCAAGAAGGAUUAUCUCCAGAUAGCAAAUAUUGACUGGAAAUUCUCGACAAGACAGGAAUCAUGAUAGUUCCUGGAUCAGGAUUCGGACAAAGAGAAGGAACCUACCACUACAAAAUCACCAACCUCGCAAACUCCAAAUCUGAAAUUACUGAAGCUCUAGACAGAAUUGAAGUGUUCACAUCCGAUUUGAUAUCGCUCUACAAGUAGCCAUAAGGCUGAAUUUUAUGAUGACUUUGUAGACAAUAUGGAAAUUUAAUAUUUAAAUCUUAGUACU